GUUCCGUUGUAAUUUCCCCGCAGUGAUUGUAUCCGUCAGUUUUACUGUACAACGUUUUGAUAAUAUAUAAACAGUCUGUGGUAACACUUAAUUUAGAACCAAUGUAUCAGACAAAUAUAACUUUGUUGCGGGCCGGAUGUUUGAAGCGAACAGAAGAAGUCUGUUAUGUUGGCUACAAAACUAGUUCGCAGAGCCCCGCUAAGAGUCGGCUCCACCCCCGGCAGCCCAGCUGUUCCUGUCAGAUAAACACGUAUUCAUGCGUGACCACCAAAAACGGGCAAAAGUGUUUAUUUUAUUUCAACAACUGUAACCGAACUAAACAGUACAACCAGCAGCCAUGGCCUCAGGUGGGGCCCCGGUGCCAGGGGCCACCCAUUGGGCCACCAAGGUCGAGCUAACCAUCUCCUGUGAGAACCUCAUGGACAUGGACGUCUUCUCCAAGUCUGACCCUCUGUGUGCCUUGUACAUCAACACUUCAGGCUCCCACUGGUAUGAGUUUGGACGCACAGAGAUGAUCCUGAACUGCCUCAAUCCAAGGUUUGCCAAGAAGUUUGUGAUCGAUUACUACUUCGAGAUGGUGCAGAGGAUGAAGUUUUGCGUGUAUGACAUUGACAAUGACACCCACGACCUGGGCGAUGAUGAUUUUCUGGGGGAGCUUGAAUGCACCCUGGGCCAGAUUGUUUCUAGCAGGCAGAUGACACGAUCUUUGUUGCUGAAGGACAAGAGGCCUGCAGGCCGUGGGACCAUCACAAUAUGUGCUGAAGAGAUAACAGACACCAGGGUGGCAAACUUUGAGGUGUCGGCCCGCAGGCUGGACAAAAAGUUUUUGUGGUGGUCCGACCCUUUCCUGGAAUUCUACAAGCAGACAGAAACUGGAUGGCAGCUGGCUCAAAGGACCGAGGUGGUAAACAACAACCUAAACCCACUAUGGAGACCCUUCCGCAUCUCACUGCGAUCUCUCUGUGGAGGAGAUGUGGAGAGACCCAUCAAGGUUGACUGCUAUGACCACCAUGUCAGCGGCUCCCAUGACCUUAUUGGGAGCUUUAAAGCCACACUGGCUGAGAUGCAAAUGGGAACACACGUUUCCCCUGCUGAAUUUGAGUGCAUCAUCCCAAAAAAGCUAAAAAAGAAAAACUAUAAAAACUCUGGAGUCAUUUGCAUCAAGAACUGCCAGGUGGUGAAGGAGUAUACCUUCCUGGACUAUAUUAUGGGGGGUUGUCAAAUCAACUUCACUAUUGCCAUUGACUUCACCGGCUCUAAUGGGGAUCCCAGCUCUCCCCAGUCCCUCCACUACAUCAACCCUGAAGGCUAUAAUGAAUACCUGACAGCCAUCUGGGCGGUGGGUAAUAUCAUCCAGGACUACGACAGUAACAAGAUGUUUCCUGUCUUUGGUUUUGGAGCCCAGCUCCCUCCCUCCUGGCAGGUUUCCCAUGAGUUUCCUAUUAAUUUCAAUCCAGCAAAUCCAUUCUGCUCAGGCAUAGAGGGUGUUGUGCAGGCCUACCAGCAGUGUAUACCCCGGUUGAAGCUCUGGGGUCCCACAAACUUCUCUCCGAUUAUCAACCAUGUGGCCUGCUUCGCCAGACAAGCUCUCCGGCAGAGUGUGGCCUCCCAAUACUUUGUGCUGCUCAUCAUCACAGAUGGCGUGAUCACAGACAUGGACCAGACACGCUCUGCUAUUGUGGAGGCCUCUCGCCUGCCCAUGUCUAUCAUCAUCGUGGGUGUGGGGGGGGCAGACUUCAGCGAAAUGGAGUUCCUUGACAGCGAUGACAAAUUGCUGCGUUCGCCCAGGGGCGAUGUCGCCUCAAGAGACAUCGUCCAGUUUGUGCCCUUCAGAGAUUUUCAAGGUAACAGCGUGGCCCUUGCCCAGAGUGUCCUGGCGGAGCUGCCUGAUCAAGUGGCCUCCUUCUUCAAUUCUCACAAUGUGAAACCUUGUGUUUCUGACCCGUCCCAGACCGUUGGGCUCAAGUAACCCCAACAAAAAGCCACUCAUCUUCACUACCCAUCUGCAUCUCCUUGCCCCUCUUUCUGCAUCAACUGUAUGCAAUGGCACAAAUGACUGCCAUUAAAUUAGUGUGAACAAGGACAAGCAUAAUGCGAUUUGACUUGAUCCCAAAGACACGGCGGCUUAGCGCAUGUAACGCCGCAAAUUGUUGAUUACGUGUCGUUAUUUUUUUUUCUUCUCCGUGUAUUACGUCUUCUCUGUUAUUACUUUGCUGCAAUUCCUAGAGAUACCUUUUGUGUCUUCAUCCUCGGCCAUCCGAGAAAGCAGUUUGGCUCACUCUGUGUUUUCUGCCUGUCCAGGCAGUGAGCUGUGAUGGAUGGGUAGGUUGUGUGGGCGCCAUCACACUCAUUUGUUCUUCCAGUCCUGGUUUUGUCCGUACAUGCGAGCAUAGUUUAAUUUAUGUGUUGGGUGUCAUUCUGAGCAUGAUAUUUAAUUCAGUACUACGUUUGAGCUUUUGAGGGAAUGUGUGUAUUAAGCAUGACAAGUGUAAAAACAGUUCUAGCUAUUGUAACAUUAGGAUAAACCAACAUUUGCUGCUAAAAGUAUUUUUUCUUCUUCACUUUUAUGUUCACAACAAAGACGCUGAACUGUUACCACAAAGAUGUUGCCUCUUCUGGCACUGUGGCAUUAUUGGCGGACAUACGCCACAUCACAGUGCAGCAAUCUAGAAUUAGGUUUAUCUAACUUUCCAACUAAAUACAGUAUGCAAUGUACCCAACUGUCAAUAAGAAAUAACAUGCAGAUAAACAACAACAACAAAAUAGCCUCGAUGUAAUACUUGUGGACGUUGUGUCCACAACACUGAACCACAGUCCUCUUCAAGUGGGUGUUUGAGGCAUCUUUAUGCUGUCGAUGCUGCAGUUUUGUGUGACUAUCGGAGCUUUGACCAAAUACUUUUGUGCCUGGGAAAUGUAGGCGUUUGGGUUCGCUGCAUGGAUUUCUCAAAGUAAAAACAGCAGGAAGUCUGUUUAAUCAAA